AUGGUGAGCAAGGCGGAGGGAGAUAAAAGCAUGCUCACCAACUCCGAGUCGGACUCAGAGGUGGCGCCCACCCCCUCCCCUUCCGCCUCGCUGGCCCUGGAGGUCAAAUACUCCUUCCUGGACACCACCAGCAGGUCACAGCAGCAGGUACGGAAGAGAAACAAGGCCCUCCAGGUGAGAUUCAAGGACAUCUGCGAGGCGCAGAACGAGCAGAGGGAGGCAGCUCUACAGAAGGCCGGGAAGGGGGGCAAGCCAGGCUCCUACAAGGUGGCGUACCGCAAGUACAUGACAGUGCCCGCUCGGCGCUCCAUCCCCAACGUCACCAAGAGCACAGGGGUCCAGACCUCCCCGGACCUCAGGAGCCGUUACAAGACCUUUCCCAUGGAGAGGAAGAAGGGCCACAGCCACACCAAGCAUGUGGAGAGAGACAAGGGCCACAACAAUGGGUUUGUCAUCGACGGCAAGCACUCCAGAGCUGUGGAGAGUUUAGGGGACAGGGGCGCCUGCGGUGGAGGAGGAGGACAGAGAACCAGAGCUGUGGAGAGUUUAGGGGACAGGGGCGCCUGCGGUGGAGGAGGAGGACAGAGAACCAGAGCUGUGGAGAGUUUAGGGGACAGGGGCGCCUGCGGUGGAGGAGGAGGAGGACAGAGAACCAGAGCUGUGGAGAGUUUAGGGGACAGGGGCGCCUGCGGAGGAGGAGGAGGAGGAGUAGUACAGAGAACCAGAGCCUUGAUGCAUACUACGGAGUGCAUAGCUACGGUGGAGAAGCACUGUACAGACGACGUCCUCUACUCUGACUGUCUGAUGCUCACAGACGGCCCCUCUCCCUCCAACACGCCCGACUCCAACCCACAGGCCACCGGCUACCAGAUCUGCAGCGUGGAGUCCAACCCCCUGGAAGGACUAGAACACAGGGAACUGGACUCCUCGGACCGUCUGGCCGGUAAACGGCAGCUGCUCUACUCUGAGGAGCCAGGCUCUAGCAGGACUCUGCCGGGGGACAUGAGAGGGGCUUCCUCAGUCUCCAAGGUGACCGGUCCCAUCUCCUGGAACUCUCUGACCCAGGUGGAGUGUCUGGAGAGCCCGACAGCACGGAGCAAACGAAUGAAGGGACUGGAGCUCAAUGGACUACAGUCUCAGACUCUCCCGCGGGCCGCUGGCUGCACUACUCAGGCACAGUGUCAUGAACCGGCAACGUUCUCAUCACAGACGUUCUCGCCACAGACGAUGUCGGCCCGGACCACGGGGGAGGCGCUGGGCUGUAGGAGUAGCGGGGUCGAACCAGCGACCGUAGCGACUACGGGGGGAGUUAACCCCGGGGGGGCCUGUAAGCAGAUAGUACCGGUACUGACUCAGAAAGGGGAGGGAGGAGAGGACGUGAAAUCACAGCUUCAGGCCAUGGAGAACCUGAUCUCCUCCAGCCAGGAGACCAUCAAGGUCCUACUGGGAGUUAUACAGGAGCUGGAGAAGGGAGAGGCCCACAGAGAGGGCCUCUCCUAUCGAACCGGACAGGACACGGCCAACUGUGACACGUGUCGGAACAGCGCAUGCAUAAUUUACAGUGUGGAGCUGGACUUCAAACAGCAGGAAGACAAGCUGCAUCCCCUGAUGAAGAGGCUGUGUCCCUUAGAGGACCCCCACUUCUCUCUGCCUUACCCCCCUGAGGCCUUCACCUCCACCCCUAAACGCAAGGCCAAGGCCGACUCCAAGAAGCACGCCCGAUGGAGACUCUGGUUCCUCUGAGACACAGCAGGAAUUAAUAUCCAAAAACCCCAAACGUCGUCGUCUUCGGUCAGACAGAGCAACAAGUUGACGACUCCGUCUGCACUGCGGGAUGAGGGACGAGCGUCGGGG